GAGCUGCCAGUUGUCGCUUGGCGUUUACCUUUGUUAUCGGCCGGUCUUAGUAGUCUGUCGUUGUGACCUUGAAGUCCUUGUUUUUGUUUACGGAAGGUACAGGUGGUGACAGUACAUAGUGGACUCACUGAAGUUGAGAAAUCAGACCAGAGAUAGAUAGAACGUGAUAGAAUAAAAUAAGGUAGUGUGACCUUUCCUGAAGCGUUGGUUGUUGUUGUUUUGACAGCAGAACAUUUGCAGCAACUGCUAUAAGGAAAGAUGUUGUCUAUGGGACAGGGAACUUGCGAGGUGCCGUUGGAGCUCUACGCUUUGAACAGGAGGAGGCUUUGCGACCGACUUAAGGAAAAGAAUGUAGGAGACGCCAUUGUUUUGCUGCAGGGAGGUGAGGAAGUGCCUUUCUACGAUACUGAUGUCACCUACAACGUGUUCAGACAGGAGUCCUACUUUAUGUGGACCUUCGGUGUCCUGGACGCAGGAUGUUUUGGUGCAGUCGUCAUCAAGACAGGAAAAUCCUUGUUAUUCGUGCCGCGACUUCCGGACAGUUAUGCCGUCUGGAUGGGGCCCCUUCUCACUUUGGACGACUUCAAAAACAAGUAUAAAGUCGACUCCGUUUAUUAUGUUGAUCAGCUGGCCGACGUUCUGAAGGAGCAGAACCCAUCAUCUCUGCUCACUUUGAAAGGAGUAAACACCGACAGUGGGUUAACAGCGAAGGAUGCCGAAUUCGAUGGAAUUGACAAAUUUACCGUAGACAAAACUACUUUGUUCAAUGAAAUUGCUGAUUUGCGUGUUAUUAAGACCGACAUGGAGUUAGAGGUGUUGAAAUACGUGACUGAAGUGUCAUCAGCCGCGCAUCGCGUAGUCAUGAGAAAAGCGAAGGCAGGAAUGAGUGAAUAUCAAUGCGAAUCGGUCUUCUUGGACCACUGCUACAGGGUUGGAGGAUGCAGAUUCGUCUCUUACACGUGUAUCUGCGGCGCUGGAGCUAAUGGAGCAGUCUUGCAUUAUGGACACGCCGGUGUACCAAAUGAUAAACCUAUCAAGAAUGGGGACAUCUGUCUCUUCGACAUGGGCGCUAAUUACUACGGUUAUGCUGCAGACAUCACCUGCAGCUUCCCAGAAAAUGGAAAGUUCACGGCAGAUCAGAAGAUGGUUUACGAAGCGGUCCUUGCUGCUAAUCUUGCUGUGUUUAACGCUUGCAAACCAGGAGUCUGCUGGGUGGACAUGCAUCAGUUGUCGCUGCGCACUAUGCUCGAGUAUUUGAAAAAGGGAGGUCUUCUCGUAGGUGAUGUUGAUGAUAUGAUGAAGGCUGGUUUGGGUCCAAUUUUCCAACCUCACGGUUUGGGUCAUUUGAUUGGACUGGAUGUCCACGAUGUCGGUGGAUACUUGCCAAGUGAACCUUCCAGGCCUUCUGAAAGGGGAGUCAACAAGCUUAGGAUGGCCAGAACUUUGAAGAAGGGCAUGUGUCUCACAAUCGAGCCAGGUUGCUACUUCAUCAAACCACUUUUGGAUGAAGCCUUGAACGACCCCAAACUUUCCACCUUUAUUGUCAAGGAUGUCUUGGAACGUUUCCGUGGUACAGGCGGUGUUCGCAUUGAAGAUGAUGUCUACAUUACUGAAACUGGAUGCGUCAACAUGACCAAAGUACCAAGAACUGUACAGGAAAUUGAAGACUGGAUGUCCGGUAAAGAUAGCGAUUCCAAAUACAACUAAUUGUUCAAUUCUAAUAUACAACAUAUAUAAACGAUUUAUUAUAUUUCGUAUUAAUAUCUAUAAUAAAAGCAUAUUUUAAAAUGUA